CGGCCGCCGCGCGCUCCUAGCGGUCCCAGCCCGCCCCGCUCGCCAUGUCCCGCCGCCGCGCGCUGCUCGCCGGGGCCGUCCUCGCUGUCCUCGCCCUCGGAGGAGCGGCUCAGAAGAUGGAAGAAGCCCCGGACUGCUGCGGCCCCAUCGUGCCCCGGAGCGAGUGGAGGGCCCAGGAGUCCAACUGCAACCAGAGCCUGAGGCUGCCAGUGCUCUACGUGGUGGUGUCGCACACAGCGGGCAGCCCCUGUGCCUCCCCGGCCUCGUGCCUGCAGCAGGUCCAGAACGUGCAGCACUACCAUACACAGACGCUGCACUGGUGUGACGUGGCCUACAACUUCCUGAUUGGAGAAGAUGGGCUGGUGUAUCAGGGCCGGGGCUGGCACACCAAGGGCGACCACUCGGGUAUCAAGUGGAACUCCAUGUCCAUUGGCAUCACCUUCAUGGGCAACUACAUGGAGCGGGUGCCCCCACCCCGGGCCCUCCGGGCAGCCCGGAAUCUGCUGGAUUGCGGUGUGGCUCGGGGAGUCCUGAGCCCCAAAUACAUGGUCAAAGGACACCGGGAUGUGCAGAGGACGCUCUCCCCAGGAGACCAGCUCUACGAAAUCAUCAAGCAAUGGCCGCGCUACCGCUAGUGAGGACCUGCUCGUCGGCACCCCGUUCCUCUCCGCCCACGGCCAGAAACCCCACUGCCUCCUCCUCCAAUAAAGGUGCAGCUCAAGCUGUGUUCCUGA